AUCAUGUUCAACUAGUACAACAGAGACCCACCUGUCUUCACUUUUCGAUUCGGAAAUAAACUUUUUGAUCUCGCACACGUACUUUUUUUUGCUUUUUUUGCUUCAUGCAAAUUGGCCACCACGGAGGACCCGUAACACGGACCCGUAUGUGAGAUAUAAUACUCCUGCUAGAUUUUAUAAUCACUGCCGUCCCCCUCUCCUCGUAUUCGUAUUCCUAUCAACCUCUCUCCAAAGAGUCCAAAUUUAGGUAGACAAAAGGUAGGCAAAAAAUGACUGCCUCCACGCCAACGACAUCCACCUCGUUGUCCGAUGCAACAACGCUGUUCGGCACAGCGUUCUUAGAUCUCAGCUCCUGUGCGAUAAUAUCGAUCCUCAUCGUCGCGAACCGUUGUUUGGGGUUGCUUGUGCAUGUUGUGGCCUUGUACCUCACUUUUUGCAUUGAUGUGGAGGACGUCAUAAAAUGGCAAGAGUCACUGACUAGGAAUCCGAUACUGGUCGCGCUGUUCCUUAUGGCUGUUUGAGAUUUGAAAUUAUCAAUAUGAGAAAAUAGCAUUAGAUUCUCAGCAUGCAGCAGCAUGUUAAACAUGUCAUCAUGAUGAGCUUGAACAUGAGAACCUACAUCUGCAUCUAGAUCUUGUAUUAGUAGAGAUACUAUGGGAGCCCUCUACGUCUACCAGAUAUCUUCAUCUCGAUCUUCAUCUCUAACUUCAUGACCUCUAUGUUCAUGACCUCUAUGUUCAUGACCUCCAUGUUCAUGACCUCUAUGUUCAUGACCUCUAUGUUCAUGACCUCUAUCUUCAUGACCUCUAACUUCAUGACCUCUAACUUCAUGACCUCUAACUUCAUGACCUCUAACUUCAUGACCUCUAACUUCAUGACCUCCAUGUUCAUGACCUCCAUGUUCAUAACCUCUAUCUUGACCUCUAUCUUCAUAGAGUCUAUCUUCAGAUGUCUACAUAGAAGCAAGAGUCUACUUGAUCUCUAACUUCCGCACGAACAAAGAGCAGCGUUACACAAAAGCGUUCGUGGCUCACCUCCGAAGGAUAACUGGGAAUGGGCUUCUGUUUUUCGCCUUGACGAUCCUCAACAUAUUUUUUGGGGUCGUCGUGUAUGCCAAUAUUCUUUUGCGGUCUACGACUGCGGGACUUGGAGGAGUGGGUGAUCUUCUUGUAGGAGGUUUUACUUCAUCCGACGCUGUCACAGAGAACCUCUUGCUCUUAGAAAGAAUCUUUUUCGGCUGCUCGAAUAUUGCGGUGUUUCUUUAUGACUUGGACGAUUAUCCUCAUGCUGCAGGAUAAACGAAGAGGUUCAUAAGGUUUUUUGUUGAUUACGUGGUGCUAUGGGGAACUGGAACUCCUCCUGUAACCUUCAGGCGGAAUGGAAGUUGUAUUGCACCAAGUAGUUAAUUUCCAAAACGACCUCCUCUCCGCCGUACUGGAACUACCUCAUCCAUCCCCCCGUAUCCACUUUCCAUCUUGUCGACCACCUCCUCAUGUAAAACCACGUACAUCUUCCACUAAAGCGACUGUUUCCAUUUUGGCGAUCUCAUCUAAGCUUGCCUGUACCACCUUCUCCUUGCUCGCCGCGAUGUGACCCGAAUAGGGACUCCAGGGAUAUUUCAGCACAAGCUGAUCAUCCUUCCUUGGUUAGGCGAACUUGUUCUGGUUGGAUACCCGCAACUGGUAGGGACGAACACGCUGUGGGAGCAUGUAAAACUGUGUUUCGCAUUUGGAGCCUGCUAUCUGGCUUACUACGCUUUUGGGAUGAUUAUGGGCAUGAUUAUGGGGUUACUAUAAACAAACAACAAACAACUGAUCCUUCUUAGUGUCGGUGACCGCAGUGCCAAUUUAAGUAACCAUAUUUUUAACUAUCUUUUUCUAUCUUUGUCGCUGACUUUCGUAGUCGCCCAUCAUCCUCGGAGGCGAGCAACGGGUGCCUGUGAGGCUCGCUGUGAAGGGUCCAUAACCUAACCUAACCUAUCUUUCCUAGGUAGGUUGGCUCCGCCACACAUAUUACUAGUGAUUGGAUUGAUUAACACUGGUACUAGGCUGCUAGUACCAGAGGUCGUUGCCAAAAAUCCACCAGCUUUUCCUCCUCUAAUAUUCUCUGCGUGAUGCGUCAAAAUUUGUAUUUCAUCAUGCCUCUUGUCCCGAGUGAGAGUGCGAUUGAUCUUCACAUUCCCGCAACUGAGAAAAUCCCAGAGACGAAUGGCGAACUGUAUCAACUGAUGGUAAAAACAGGCUUCCCAGAAAUCGACUACGAAAAAGCACAAGUCUUAUGGCCACUACAAGCUCAAUCAGUGAUUAUCACUACAAGCUCAAUCAGUUACUACUAUAAGCUGAUUAAUAUCACGAGGACUUGUGACUGACUACUACAAGCCGAAGAUAUCUGUGAAUGUCACUCACGACUCGUAAGUUCAAUCACGACUCGUUGUAAUUUUCACUUUCAGUAGUUUACUGUACAAUAAAAAUACAGCAAGAACAAGCUGGAGGCCUUGCUUUUGUUCGUGCUCGCCUUAUCGCACGACGACAAGCACGAAAAGGAAGAUACUAGACAGUCUACUUACAACUCGUUCAUCUACUUAGAAGGGCUUCAAAAUUAUACAGGAACAGCAGGCACUGGCUAGUGCUAUCUAAUGAGAUGUGCCACCUUCUUAGAUGAAGAGGAAGCUGCCCAAUCCUCUUUCCCUAAUCCCGAUCCUCUUUCGUUAUUGAACAGCAGGCACAGGCUUUCUUUCAUGAUAAGUACUAUCUAAUGAGAGGUGCCACCUUCUUAGAUGAAGAAGAAGCUGCCCAAUCCUCUUUCUCUAAUCCCGAUCCUCUUUCGUUAUUUCGGUAAAGAUCGACAGAUUUCACCGGAGAAAGCUGGCGUAGACCCAAGAGCGAAAUUAGGGAAGCCACCUACAGUGCGAGUCGAAAGAAAUUUGGUCAUGUCUGUUAUGGUCUGCGUUUAAUAUCCAUGUGCUAUCGUCCAUCUUGAUGUACUUGUCUUAGAUGGAUAUGCCCUCCAUCCUAGUAUCCUGUGCAUUUGUCUAAGCGUCUCAGCGUCUCUUCGGUGUGCGUUAUUGAUAGAUAGAACAAGACUUGUUCUGCAUCAACAAAUAGAGGGAGAGACAAGGACAAAGUCGAAGUCCACACAGAUCAAUUUUUGAAUGAAGGAACAACUAGAUACUGUUUUUUCACUUGCUGUAAAAAGAAUGUCAACCCUUUGGUCUUCCUCGGUCUAUCUCAUAUUACAGACAAAGUCCACAGGUCAACUUUUGAAUGAAGGGAACAUCAACUACACUAGCCAGAAAACCACAACAAGGACACUCUAAACCUGGUGUCAUAGCUACGGCGAUUCUUUUAGUUGUGGUCCCGAUUAUGGCAACGUGCGUCUACGGCAUAGUUUGGGGAAGAGAGGCUUUGAUGAGAUGACCAGGAAUCCGCGAGGUGGCAGCAGCAUCACAAAAAAUGCAGCGCCUCCGAGACGAGUCGUAGUGCUGAUGUUGUACUAGAGAUGAGUAGUUGUUGUAGUUGUUAUAUAGCUACCCCUUCUUCGAGUAGUCCCCUUCUUGAGAUUUUUUUUGAAAUUUCAACCACAAUCCAAAGAGGACACGUCAUCGGGACUUGUUUUCAGGAGUCUGCAGUUUUUUUGUUCUACUCUUUUUGAAAAUAGGAGCGUCUGAAAAGUCCACGAGAAAUGAGCUUCUAAGAACGAGAUCGGAGUGGGGUAUGCUUAGCUCGCAGCAUUUUUUUUUCUCUGCCUCUGCCUCUGUCUACCCUGUAGUACUAGGCUUCAUUCUGUUGUCUGCUUUCUGG